AUGCCGCGCGGUGUGGGCGUGGGUGGCUUCUGGGCGCUGCUGUCGUGCGGCCUCGCCGCCCUGUGCGCCCUGAGCCUGCUGUCGCCAGCGUGGAUCGUGCCGCACGCUCCCCGGGGCCCCACGACGGCCCCCCCGCCGGUCCCCCCGCCGCCUCUGGGCCUGCUGGGACCCUGCCUGGCCCCCGCCCCGCGGCCGUGCGCCCCCUUCGCCCUCGGGGGCCUGCGCAGCUUCGGCGACAUCCCAGCCAGCGCCUGGCAGACCAGCACCGUGCUAUGCUCAGGAGGCUGCGUGCUUCUGGCCCUCAGCGCCCUGCUGGCGGUCGUCUCUGUCUUCCUCCCCAGUGGGCUCUUGGAGAGGCGAGUCUGUGCCCUGGCCGGAUACAUGCAGAUGGCAGCAGUGUUCAUCACGGCCUCAGGACUCCUGGUCUACCCUUUGGGUCUCGGCUCAGCUUCUGUGAAAAGCUCUUGUGGGAACACCGCCGGCAUCUACAAUGUUGGGAGCUGCCAGCUUGGCUGGGGUUACACGCUGGCCAUCGUAGGGGUCAUGCUGUCAGGCUUCUUGCCCUUCUUUGCGAAGUAUGCACCCAAAGAGCACAUCUCACCAACCCCGAUGCCCGCUAUUUUAUAGCAGUUGUUACCAACAAAAGGACACCUCGUCUAAAACAAAUGGGCAGAAGGUAGAGGAGUCUCUUUUUUAUUUUUUUGCUUUAUUGCUAAAACAAACAAACUCAAUGGGAACAAGGGGGUCUGUUUGCCAGCACCCCAAACUGCCCUGACCGUCUUCCAUCCAAAGGAGUGCCUAAGUGUGGGGUUCCAAUAGAAUUCCCGAGAAUCCAAGGAGACUCUGUCCUCGUCCAGGCAGAGAUCCCAGCCACAAGGGUCGGGCAAACCCACACCUGUCUAGCCUCAGAGGGUGGCAUCUACCUCCCAGUUUCUUUUACAUCACAAACACGGUCAAUCUUUUUAAAAAGUAAUUCAUUUUCAUUGGUGACUAGAUAUUAAAUUCUUUUAUAAGCCCAGUUAUGACUACCGUCAGGGUGCUUUGUCGUGUCUAAAGAGUAAAUUCUCUCUGUUGGCCAGAAAGCAGACCCUGGGUUAUGCAUGGUCAGUUAGAGGCAGAUGGGUCUUGGAAAUAGAGAUUGGCGGUUUAGAAAGGCCUGCCUGCUCUUCAUUUCCCAGGGCUUAGAGCCAUGGGAGACCUUACAGGCCAUCUGAUCAUCUUAUGGAUGAGGACCCAGUGGCUGCCUAUGCCCAGCAAAAGGAAGGGCCGUGCCCAACCAAAGUCAUUCAGAGAAGGCAGUGAGUAGCAAAGCAGGAUUCAAACCCAGGUCUGCUGACUUCAUAAUCAAGGGUUCUUACCAUUGUAUCAUGCUGUUUUCCAAUUGGUUAUUUUGAAAUUUUCCUUAAAAAGACUUUGCAAGUUAUAUCCCUUGGUUAAAUAUUGGCAUUAAGUAGAACAAAAUGGAACAGCCAGAGAUUUGACUGAUGACAUAUAGAUUUGCUUGGGACCAACUUGAAAGGUAUUGGGAUAAAAAAAGGCUGCCAUUUUAAUAAAAGGGAGAGAUUUUCUUAAAACACAAACAUCUUUCCACUAGUGUUAGAACAUGGGCCACUGCACAUUUGUGCUGACCACUGUGUGUGUGUGUGUGUGUGUGUGUGUGUGUGUGUGAGAGAGAGAGAGAGAGAGAGAGAGAGAGAGAGAGAGAUGGCUACAUUAUCCUAUCUCAAGAAAUCUUGAGCAUUUUUUGAGGGUCUCAUCUUUGUGUGGAAUCACAUUGGUUUUUCUAUUGCAGGAGAGUACAACAAAUACACCAUUUGCCUUAACCAACAGAGGAAUUGGGUUCCAAGCUCACUCCAUUGCCACAUCUCAUUGGGGAAAAAAGAUCUGUGGUCCCACGCACACCCAUCUUCCUAGUAAUUAACAAACAGAGAAGGACCUAGGAUCUAUUUUCUAACCAGAAAUCUUGUCUGAUGCAUUUUUGAGAUGGUGCAUGCUGUCUUUGAUUGGAUCCAUCAUCAUAGUUAACAAUUUUUCUGAGUCCUAAACGGGUUCUUUGUCCAUUAUUUCUCAAGAAAAACGUACUUGAAGGAAACUAGAGGAAAUGUUAGGGAAGGACAAAGACCCAAAACAGAGAAAAGCCUCACCUGGGAAUAAAGUAACAGAGGCAAAUGCAUUUGUACCAUUAGAGCUUCCUGAACCCUUCAGAUUUCAAACUGAAGAAGAGAAUUAUUUUUAGCACCAUUUUAAGGUAUGUUCUCAUGAACACCCAGGGGCAUAUUGUUCGUAAGAGGUAAUGUAAGUGAAGGGAAAUUAAACGGUGAAAAGAGGAAACAUUCUGGGGAGUCUGCUGUGCUGCCCAGAGAAGGGCUAUGCCACAUGAAAAGGAGCAGGAAGUCUGCAGUGAGUCCAAGGACACACACACGCACAUGCAUGUAUGCACGCACACAUGCACAUACAAUGUGCAUGUCCACAAUGCCCACAGACCCACAUGUGUGCCCACGUGUGUGUACAUGCACACAAACAUGCACACACAAUCUGCACACGCACACCCAUACAUAUGCUUGCGCACAUGCACACACGUGUCCCACCUUUCUUCAGGUGCAGUCACAGAAUGUGACACAUUCUGGGCUCUUGUUUUCAGAGUUGCUGAAUGAUGUAAUUAAGAGCCCAAAAGAUGGGGAAGAGGCAAGAGGAAGGGGAAAAACGACCGAUGUCAGGUUAUUUCCCUCGUGGCUUGUUAGGAAAGAGAACUUUGUUUUCUCAAGCCACCUAGUCCAGAAAAACAAAGAUGACAUUUGGGGGUCUCAUUCAGAAAGAUGCUACUCUUUCUGCAGGUCUGGAGCAGCCAAGAAUCCGCCCCUGCUCCUAGAAAGGGCGAGAGAGAAACAAAUUUUGAUUCCCUAACCGGUUCGUGCCUUUCCAGUAGAACCUAUUCAUUCCUGCUUUCAAAAGCAACCAAACCACCCUCGCCCGCCGAGAACGGUGGCUGGAGACCAGCGGGAGCCCCAGCAUCCUUUGUGACUCCUCCUCGUAUCGAGCAAAGUGCAGUGUUUACACUGGUUUCCCUCAUGUCUGGUUGGGAAAAGUGAUUGAUUAGCACAAAACUAGCUACCGUGCGGACCUGAGAAAUCCCGACGCCGGUAGCCUUACCUUUUGUAAGCUUCACAGGUGUAGAUUCCUUCACAAUUACAAGUGAGCUUCUCCAGAAUGUUAAUGCACCCCAUGACUUCUCACACAUUAUGUGGGAAAUCUUCAUUUUCCAAAAUGUGAAGUCAACUUGCAUAUUUCCAUUUUUGAAUAUUUUUGCAUUUCCAAAACUAAUGCUGCCAUUUAUCUCACUAAAUUUUUCAAAGAAAAUAUCCUUAAUUUAACGAAUCACCACGUGUUUAUUAAUGCUGAUAAAUCACUUUUUAAACAACUCACAUUUGUAAGUUGAACUGCAUCAACUGUUUCUUUUUCUUCAUUAUUAUUUUUUAAACAUGAAACUUACUGGUUCAGGUUCAAAUUCAAGGGUUGUUUUUUCUAAAUUAAAAAUCGUUUCAAGUGUAACUAAAUGAUGUGCUGUCUCUACUGUGUUUCUGCAUUAGUGCAAUGGCCACUUUGGGGAUGAGGACAGUUUUCUGUGCUUGCUGAAUGAAUAUUUCAGGUGUUGCAAAUGCUGGCAUCUCCCAUUAGCCGACACUGUAAAAUAAAACACGUCACCUUGUUCACUCUC